AUGCGGGUCCUUGCCCUGCUCUCGCUCAUCCUCCUGGCCCUGCUGUCCCCAGCCAGCACUGCUGACCCAGGCCAGCCCUGCCCAUCAGAAAUGAACAAGGUCAAGGACCUCCUGGAGGUGAACUGCACAGGGCAGGCUCUCAGCGCGGUGCCCACAGACCUGCCCGUGCACACGGGCAUCCUUCUGCUCAACGCCAACCACCUGGUGUCCCUCUCCACCGCUGCCUUCCUGCCCCUCACCCAGCUGCAGGACCUCGACCUGUCCAACAACGGGCUGGAGUCUCUGCACACCAAGCACCUGCUGCCAUCCCUGAGGGAGCUGAUCCUUUCCCACAACGCGCUGGGGGCCCUGCCCACCCUGCAGGGGCUGCCUCAACUCACCCGCCUGGCCGUGGCCUACAACAACCUGGAAUCGCUGGCCCCAGGGGCUUUCAGGGCUGUGCCGCAGCUGCAGGACCUGGACCUGCGAGGAAACCGGCUGCGGACGCUGCCUCGGGAGGCCUUUGCGGGGCUGAGGGAACUCAAGGACUUGGACCUCUCAGACAAUGUCCUAGAGGAGCUCCCCAAGGACCUGCUGCAGGAGCUGCAAAAGCUGGCGAUCCUCUGGCUCUCAGGGAACCGCCUGCAGACCCUGCCCACCCACUUCUUCCCUGAGGGGCAGUUCUUUGCGUAUGUCUUCCUCACUGAGAACCCCUGGCACUGCGACUGCGGCCUGCGCUACCUGCGGAACUGGAUCAGGGAUAAUGAAGGCAGUGUCUAUCAGCCAGAGCGGGGCCUGGAGAAGACAAAGGUGGAGGUUGCCCCUGAGAAGGUGCUGUGCCACAGCCCCCCUGAGCAUUGGCAGAAGCCCAUUAUCCGCUUCAAGCCCAAGUGCGGCAACAUGGGGGACGCGGAUGAGGAGGAAGAAGAGGAAGAAGAGGAAGAAGAGGAAGAAAUGAGGGAGAAACCUACCACGAUCACUUUCUUCCCUCCACAUCCAUCCACUCCCAAAGAGCACACUACCAUGCCUCAUGCUGUUACCUGGCCUCCCCCCACUACCACAAGACCUCCUGUCGGCACCCCUUGUUGCUCCACUCUUGCCCCAGGCACUUCACUUGCAACGCCUGCAAGCACCAGAGCUCCCAGCACCACCACUCCUGCACUAGCCAGUCCCGCCCUGACACCCACACAGACACCCAGCAUGGCCGCCACUGUCACUGCUGCUCCCGCCAGCACGUCGCACAGAUCCACCACCCUCGUCUCCACCACCUCACUGCCAACCACUAUGAGCACCAGACCUCCCAGCACCAGCAGCAGUCCCCAAACCACCCUUGCCGCUGGAACUACCAACACCUAUUCCACUCUCAUGGUGUCCCCCGGCGCAUCUUCCACCACCUCCACAGCAGUGCCUUCUACUGCCACGCUAGAGGCCUCUUCCACUGUUAGAUCUUCAUCUCCUCCUCUGACGUCAACCACACCGGUGGUCUCCACCACCAUGUUUUCCACUCAUGCCCCAACACCGCCAGCUCCCCUGGACACCACAAACUUCACCCAGCCUGCACCUUCCCCUCCACCUCCAUCUGUGCCCCUCUGCCCGUGCUCCACCCCAGGACUGGUGUUACCCUUGCUGCGCUCAUGGGCAGGUGGGGAGGGUCCGCAGUGGGGCCAGUGGGUGCUGAGGCAUUGCUGCCUAUUGCACUGGGUGCUCUACCUGGCCUCCUUGGCUCUGCUGGUCCUGACCAUGCUGGCUCUAGCAGGCUGGCUGGUGUGGAUGUGUCUGGUGGGAAGAUCUUCCUGGCACAAGUCCCUGCAGACCCAAGAGGUGCAGUAUCCACUGUUAAGCUGGAGAGAGUCGACAGGAAGCCCUGAGAUGCAUCUCAGCAGCUUCAAAAGCCCCCUCCAGCGCUCCACGUUCUGUACCAUCAAGGAAGUAGAGUUGUGCCCUGAGGUCACUUACUGCACGAUUAAAGACCUGGGGAUACAGCGCAGUCCUCCUGCAAGUUCCUCCUUCUGCACCACAAAGGAGCUGUGGGUCCACCAUAGUCCUCCGAAUGCUUCGUUCAAGUCUUUUUCCAGGAAGCUGACGGUCCCAAGCCUCGGCUCCCUGAGGACCCCUUCUGCUUACAGUCUGGACAGGGGUGUCAAGGCCAUUGGUGAUGUCAGAGUGAAAUAUGCUGGCAACACCUUGUAA